UGCGUAAUGAUAUAUCCUGAUUCGAAGGUGGUGAUGGUCAGACAAUUUCACUCCUGUGGUCGGAUCAUCUUUUCGGCCCAACUGCUGCCGACUGCUGAACUUCGAGCGUUCUCUUCGUCGGUUAUCAAGCAUCGUCGGCGAAAUUGCUCCGUAGCGAGAUCGAGGAUAAGUUGUUCCAUGAGGUCUUACAAGUUGUCGGACCUUUCCCAUGCCGAGGUCGAUCGUCUGAAGGCCCGGCCGCGUAUUGAUUUCUCUAAGAUCUUUAGCGUGGUCAAUCCGAUUGUCGAUGACAUCCAGAGUAGAGGCGAUACUGCGGUCAAAGAGUACACCGCGAGAUUUGACAAAGUUGAGCUGGAGAAGAUAGUUGAGAAUGUGUCUGACCUUCCGGACCCAGAGCUUGAUGCAACAGUAAGAGAAGCAUUUGAUGUGGCGUAUGAUAAUAUAUAUGCCUUCCAUUUGGCUCAAAAAUCACCUGAAAAAAGCAUCGAGAACAUGAAAGGCGUUAGAUGUAAAAGGGUGGCCAGGAGCAUUGGCUCUGUAGGCCUUUAUGUUCCUGGGGGUACUGCAGUUCUACCGUCAACAGCCCUUAUGCUUGCAGUUCCUGCACAGAUUGCUGGGUGUAGAACUGUUGUUCUUGCAACUCCCCCAAGUCAAGAUAGCAGCAUCUGCAAGGAAGUACUAUACUGUGCCAAGAAAGCUGGCGUGACUCACAUCCUUAAAGCUGGAGGAGCACAGGCCAUAGCUGCCAUGGCAUGGGGAACUGAAUCCUGCCCGAAGGUUGAGAAGAUAUUUGGUCCCGGAAAUCAGUAUGUCACCGCUGCAAAAAUGAUUCUCCAAAACAGUGAAGCAAUGGUUUCCAUCGACAUGCCUGCGGGUCCUUCGGAAGUUCUUGUCAUUGCAGACAAGUAUGCUAGUCCAGUCCACAUAGCAGCUGAUCUGCUAUCCCAGGCUGAACAUGGUCCAGACAGUCAAGUUGUUCUUGUCGUAGCUGGGGAUGGAGUGGAUAUAAAGGCUAUUGAGGAAGAAAUAACCAAGCAGUGUGGGAGCCUUCCUAGAGGAGAAUUUGCUUCAAAAGCUCUGAGCCACAGCUUGAUUGUGUUUGCUCGUGAUAUGGUUGAGGCAGUUUCCUUCUCAAAUUUGUAUGCCCCUGAGCAUCUGAUCAUCAAUGUAAAAGAUGCUGAGAAGUGGGAGAGCUUUAUUGAGAAUGCAGGCUCUGUAUUUUUAGGCCAGUGGACGCCAGAGAGUGUUGGAGACUAUGCCAGCGGGACAAAUCAUGUCCUCCCGACUUAUGGUUAUGCACGAAUGUAUGGCGGAGUGUCUCUCGACUCCUUUCAGAAGUACAUGACAGUUCAGUCUCUGACAGAGGAAGGGUUGAGAAACCUAGGCCCAUAUGUGGCCGUUAUGGCCGAAGUGGAGGGAUUGGAAGCCCACAGGAGAGCUGUUACCCUUAGGCUUGAGGACAUUGAAGCAAAGCAAGCUUCAAAUGUCCAGUGAGUCCGAUGUCCUUCUCUCAUCUCUCUUUGAAUGAUGCUCUACAUGGAAACUAUUGUUUUCUGGGCAUCCGAGCAAUGGAGUCCAGUCUUUUGUACUCAAGUUAUGUGUUAAGGGUUUUUCAUCUUCUUUUUUAGGGUUCUGAUUGUACAAAGGAGGCAAAAAUUUCUGUUAUGACUAGAUGGUAACAUUCGAUAUCCGAUUUAAUUAGAGUAGCUGUGGGUGCUUACUGUCAGUCUUGAUGCUAUGGUUGUCCAAACUCAAGCAUGGAGAGAUUGAAACUACUGUACCCACAAUUGGUAUGUCUUUAUAUGAAACAAGUACUUUACAGUCUGAGUUUAUGGCUAAUGAUGCAGUAGUUUUCUGGGA